AGUACGAAAUUGUAGCACUUCACGUGAAAUACGUUUCCGCCUUCGCGCCUAGUUUACGACUAGUACCAUGCGCCUCCCGCUUCUCCCACGGUCCCCUCCCCUCGCCGCCGCCGCCGCAGCUGCCAUGCCUCCUCGCCGCCGCCGCGUCUUCAGACCACCGCCGCUCCCGCCUUCCCCUCCCCACCUCUCCUCGACGCCACCGCCGACCCCGCCUGUAGAGGCCCCCAAACCCGGAACACCCGACCACCACGACCCUCCUCCCGCCCGCCGCCGCCUCCCCCUCGCCGCCGCCGACGAGGAGGCUCAGGAAGAGUGGCACGCGCUCCCGCUCUCCGCCACCGACCUCUCCCUCCCGCUCACCCUCCCCACCGGCCAGACCUUCCUCUGGCGCCGCACCUCCCUCUCCCCCCUCCGCUUCACCGGCGCCGUGGGGCCCCACCUCCUCUCCCUCUCCCACCUCCCCGACGGCAGCCUCGCCUUCCUCCUCCACAACGAUGGCGACCACCCAGCCUCCUCCUCGGUCCCCGCGGCCCGCGCCGCGCUGUGCGACUACCUCAACGCGGCCGUCCCACUCGCCGACCUCUGGCGCCAGUUCGCCGCCGCCGACGAGCGCUUCGCCGAGGUCGCCGCGCGGCUCGGGGGCGGCGGCGCGCGGGUGCUCAGGCAGGAUCCCGUCGAGUGCGUCUUCCAGUUCCUCUGCUCCUCCAACAAUAACAUCAAGCGAAUCGAGAAAAUGGUGUGGGCGCUCGCCGGCUACGGGGAGCGGCUCGGAGAGGUCGGCGGGUUCGUGUUCCACCGAUUCCCCAAGAUCGAGCGGCUCGCACGCGUGUCGGAGCAGGAGCUUCGGGAGGCCGGGUUUGGGUACAGGGCAAAGUACAUUGUUGGCACUGCUAAAGAAUUGCAGGCCAAGCUUGGUGGAGGUGAAAAAUGGCUUGCCUCACUGCGUGAGAGGGAACUUCCGGAGGUGAUUGAGGCUCUUUGCACUCUGCCAGGUGUUGGUCCAAAGGUUGCUGCCUGCAUUGCUCUAUUCUCCCUGGAUCAGAAUCACGCUAUUCCUGUCGAUACACAUGUCUGGAAGGUUGCUACACAAUAUCUAUUGCCAGAGCUAGCUGGCAAGAGCCUGACCCCGAAACUUAGUGUUGUUGUCGCUGAUGCAUUUGUUACUAGAUUUGGAAGCUACGCUGGUUGGGCACAGAAUGUUCUCUUCAUUGGCCAGUUACCUUCUCAAAAACUUGUGGUGGCCGAAGUUACCAGUGACAAUUGCCCCACAAAACCUACCAAAAGGAAGCGUGGGGAAGACCAUGUUGAAAACAUGUAACCAUGAGAAAGCACGGAUACCAGCCAUAGCAAGUUAUUAUAGGGAUGUCAAAGGAUUAGAUCAUGAAAAACGAUCUUCUUCCGUAGGCUGAAGAGGGAGGCAUUGAAAUGUGUGGAACAGCUGCUUCAUUUGCAUGUGUCGAAGUCCUGCUGAAAUGAGUUGCCAAGAAAUGGAAAUUCAGCUGUGUAACACGACUCCCAGAUUUGAUGGCAACUGUCGGUCCUCUGGAUGUAGGAGUCCAUGAGAAGGUAUCUAGAAUCUUGAUUACAAUAGCAUUUUACCCGUGAGUUUUUGACAUAGGAAUGCCUGGUCCUGAUCUCAUUACAUUCUGAAUCCUAUUUUUGUGCGGGCACUGUGUUGUUUUGUCAGCCUGCUCAUGCAUCUUCCACAAUGUCAAAAUGGAAGGGUACAUGUAGCUGUAUUGUUAGCCAAACAGCACAUGAGAAAUUCAUUUCGAUCAGCAUUUUUUUCCGCAAAUUAUGCGAACUUAAUUCUUGGUGGCAAAUGGAAACUUGAUGAUAUGGAUCUUUGCACCCACCUGUUCUCCUGGGGCAAUGCUGAUGUACAAAGCCUGAAGCUCGUAUGGCAAUCUUGGGGUUUGGAGGAACAUCGCCUGACGAGCGAUGACCAUAUUUGUAGUAGCACACGUGGCUGGUUUCUUGUGCUCUUAAUUCUUAUACACAUGUAGGACACAUUAAAAAAUGUAUGUACGUAUUUUAAACUUAUGAUAUAUAUAUAUAUAUA